GACAGGCAAACAAAAAUAAAAAUAGAAGAAUAAAUACAUACGUCACAAAAUAAAAACAGAAAAACAGCUGUUUAUGAGCUGGAAGUUGGAAGUUUGCAUUUACAUAAUUUUUUGAAUUAUGGAAACGUCCGAUAGUGAAUAUUUUGAGAGUGCUGACGAGGACUUUGAAUCUGAAGACGAAUUUAAUAAAAAUAAAAUAUUAGUAAAGGACAAUUCAGUACACACAUCUAACUUCUCGAAAGACGUAAAUAAGAUUCACACUGUGUCAGACUUAAAUCGAAAUAAAAAAGAGAGUGUAGAUACGCUAAACGUAAAUCAGGACAAUAAAUUAAAUUUACAAGGCUCGGACAUUGGAAACAAUCCCAUAAUUGAAGAUCAUAAAAUAGAGACACCUGUUUUGCUCGCAAAGAGUGACAGACUACUAACUACUAAUAAAAAGGAUGAUAAACAAAUUAACCAAGCUGAUCUCUCUAGUGAUGCAGGCAGGAAUUUACAGGACAAUGCCGAAGAUAAUUUAUGGAACGAAGGGGAAGGUUGGGGUGUAAGUGAUGAAAGUGACACAGAAGGUGCUGCUCCUUGUUUACAAAAAGUUGAUGUUGGCAUUACCCUUCCUAAUAAUGAUAAAAAUUCUAAUAAAAAAGAAGUAUCAGGGGAAACAUCUGUAGGAACAAGUAAUAUGUGGGAUAAUGAAGAAUGGGAAAACUGGGAAUCCAUUAAAGAAGAAAAAAUGCAUCAUAAUAAUAUUAAGCCUGAUGAAGACAAUAAUAGCUCUAAUUCUAACCAGAUAUGGAAAGGUUGGGGUAAUUGGGGUGUUACUUCAAUCCUUUCUACUGCAACGCAAGGUGUUUCCUCAUUAACUAACUCUGUAUCUCAAGGUUUGAGUAGUGUGUUAGAAACAGGUAUAGGUGCCCCAGAUCCAGAGAAAUUAGCAGUACUAAAUAAAGAAUUUAAAACAAAAGUGUCGGUAUCUACAGAAACUUCAUCCAAUACUGGUGAAGAAUUUGAAAACAAAAAUGUACUUGGGUUUGGUUUAAGUAACAUUGGGAAUUUAGUAUCUGGAGUAUCAAAAUUAGUAGAAUCAACUGGCACAAAAGUAAUAUCGGGAGGGUUAGACACAUUAGAGACUAUUGGUAAAAAAACUAUGGAAGUGAUACAAGAUGGAGAUCCAGGUUUAAAGAGAAAACGAGCAUUCCUUAAUUUGGAAGGAGAAAAACCAGUUUUGUCACAGGUUUUGAGGGAAGCAAAAGAAAAAGCAGAACAAGAGAAUAAAGCUCUUCAAGAGAAACAUUUUGCAAGGAAAGUAAAUUAUGAAAGUAUAUUUGAUGAUCAUCAAGGCCUCGUUCACUUAGAAGCAUUAGAGAUGCUGUCUAAACAAUGCGAUAUGAAAUUACAGUUGUUAAUCGAAUCCAAUAGUGGAGACACCUUAAUGGAUAUUCAGGAAACCGUGGAUCAAGUUAAAGAAUUAUGUGAAUUACCAGACGAAGAAGAAGAUGAACAAAUUUCGAUAGAGGAACUUAAAGAGAGACUUAAGUCAGCUGUAGAAGAGAUUGGUGUAAAUAUAAAAUACGACAAGUUAAUAACCAUGUGGGAAGAAACCGAGUCUUGGCUAAGUAAUUUAAAUUUAAACAUUUGCAAUGAAAAUGAAAUCCAUCAGCAAGCGGUCGAGACUCUAGCACAGCUGACGGCUAUUGCGGUUGAACAGUUUCAUAAAGCAGGAGAAUUAUUACUUAUCAAGGAUCAUCACAGUACAGCAGAUGAAGCCGAUAGUUUAGUUCAGUUAACAACAACAUUAACAUCUCUAAUAGGUAUAGUUGCAGCAAAGUUUUCUGAUAAAAUGAACACCAAAUCACCAGAAAAUUCAGACAAGGAAAAUAUUAAUAGCCUUAUCACCAAUAUAUUUUUUGAGGCUGCUAACAGUAGUUCAUACAUUCAGGAUGCUUUCCAGUUACUAGUGCCUGUCCUUCAAAUGGGAGCAGUGUAGUGCACACAUAUUUACUUUUAGAG